GCUCAAAAAAAUUAUCAAAAAAUUUCACCAGGAAGAGCCUCAAAUUUCGACGUCUGAACAAAGACUCCUAAAUAAGGGCUUAUUUGACCUUUUUUGUUAGUGCGUGGGCUUAUUUGCCCCUUUUCUCAGUUAUCAAGUGAAGACUCUUCUAGAAUCCCAAUUUUUUUUUUUGGUUAUGUUGACGGCACAAUUCCGGAACCCUGUGUUUCAAAUCCUUCUGAUGCUGUUGCACUCAAGUCUCACGCAGCCUGGAAACUGUAGGACUUCACUAGCAACCACUUACAAACUUUCUUCCAAAUCGCGAGAAAUUGAGUUGCGUGAUGAAUUACAGCAUCUCCGUCGAGGCUCCCGCUCGGUCACAGAGUAUGGUAAGCUUUUUCAGGGGUCCUGUGAACAACUUGCUGACAUUUCCUCUUCGGUUUCCAUUACUGAUAAGAUUCAUUGGUAUUCAAGACUUGGACAUGUCCAAGUCUUGAAUGCACUCUACCUUCGUUCUCGAGUUUCUCUCUCGGUUUAUUGAAAUCCGAUCCGCUGCCAAAACUUCGGGAUGCUAUCUCCGAAGCCGAAAACCAUGCCUUGUUUCAGAAAUCCGUGUAAGACCCACCUGGUGUUGCUCUUGUUGCCUUUGCUGCUCACUCUCACACGGCCUCCUCGACUGCACAACGAUUUACUCGCUCCAAUGCCCGUGUCUCUCCUAAAACAUCAGUUUCUGGAUCUAUGCAAGGCCCUGACCAGCGCACCUUCUCUGGUCAGCGUCGUUACUCUCGCCGUCCCUUCAAACCUCGCUGUCAUAUUUGCAAAAAUGAUGGUCACUUUGGAGGCGAUUGUCCAGAACGGUUUGUCUGUUCUUCUUCUCCAUCUCAGGCCCAUUUAGCUGAAGCUUUUAAUGUUGUGUCUCUCAAAUCAGCAGACUCGUAUAUUGAUUCAGGAGCAUCCUCCCACAUGACCGCUACUCCCUCCACGCUUGACCAGGCUGUCCCUUACACUGGUAAAGACAAGGUUUCUGUUAGUAAUGGAGCUACCUUACCUAUUUCUUCUAUUGGGCAUUCUUUUAUUUAUCCUAAUCUUGUGUUGAAUGAUGUGCUUGUGGUUCCUCAGAUCACAAAAAAUUUACUCUCUAUUAGUUAACUUACAACUGAUUUACCUGUCAAGGUUAUUUUUUAUGACACUUCUUUUACUACUCAGCACAAGCAUAUGAUAGACGUUAUAUUUACUUGUGUUUAACAUAAGUAUUUAUAAGUAUUUGUUGAAGAAAAGAAGAGAAAUCGGGCAAAUAUAUCCAGAAUGAGAGCUAGAGCAUAAAACAUUGCGAUGAACGACUUUUUAGACCAAGAGAAUGACGUUCUGCCCAUAAUUUGAGUAUAACGUAUUCUAUAGAACUCGAAAUCACUCGAUUCGAGUUUCAUGUGAAUGCUAACUCAAUAAGGUACAAAUGUUAUGAAGACGUCAUGGCCAAAAUAUGAAAGGAACAAGACUCAAUCAACCAACAAAGUCAGAUGUUGCUGGUGGGAUUUCAGGAUGCAUACCUCUCAGUGUUUUAGCCAUAACGUUUGAUUGGAUGAAUAAAAUCACGUCAUUCAAGUUUUGGUGGAUAGAAGACUUCAUUAUCUACAACUUUGGUGAAGGAAUCAUGUUCAAAUUCAUAGCAUAACAUCCACAAAAUCCUGGGACAAAACCCGACACUUUUUGAUCCAUUUCGGAAGAAGAAAAAUGAAGUGUAUUGUUGGGCGCAGCAACCGGCGCCGGAUAUUCAAGAACCGGCGCCGGUCGGAAGGUUUUUUCACGCAAAAAUGAGGCUGUUUUGAACCGGGGCCGGUCGGAACAUAACCGGCGCCGGUUGGGACGAUUUUCUGCUAAAACACAGCAACGUGCAAGUGAUUCUUGAUGGGAAAACUUCAUCUUCCUCCAUAUCUGAUCAAAUAUUGCUUCCACACCCGAUUGUUGGGCUUGAAUAGACUAAAAUAUGCCUUUCUUUAGCCUAUAUAAAGCCCUCAAUUCAUCAAGCAAACACAUUCCAUUCCAUAGAUUAAUUCUUAGCUUUUAUAUUUUUGUUCUUGGUAUUUUCUUCAAGUUCUUGAGGAGGAAACUUCAACCUCCGAAACCAUUGGUGUUUAGGUAUUAUUUCCUUUGUAAUUUCAUGUUCCAUUACAUUUCAUAUUGUAUUGUGAUUAAUAUGAGCAUUAGAGGCUAAUUUCUUAGCUAAGGCUAGGGAUGAACCUCUAUGCACACUAGGUGUUUGAUAAAAGUUCUAAACCAAUAAAUUGUGAUUUAUCCUUUAUAUUUUGAUUGUUUAUGACUAUGGUGUACAACAUAGAAGUAUGUUAAAUUUAGUUUAUGCUUGCAAUUAACGUUGAAGUCUAAACUAUGAACACUAAAGGAUAAACAUAUAUAGCACCGAGAAUAGAAAUAUAUCCGGUCUUAUAUGAUACGGGUGUGAUGUCUUGAUAUUCAACGGGGUUUUCGGUAGAUGAAUGUGAGCCGUAACGGGACUUACACGUAACGAAAACCACGCUCUCGCUGCCUUAACCGGAGUUGAGAAUAUAUUAGCGACAUCAUAUUCAUAAUUAUUGGAGAAGAACUAUUAUUAAAUAACUAUUAAAGCAUUUAGGUGAAUCCCGAUUGCCUUAGUAAUUCUCAUUCUUGUUUAAAC